AUGAUGCCCACCGGAAGACCCGCCUUCCCUUACCGGCGAGGUUCCAAUGCCUCCGAAGACGAUUUCUUCGAUAUCGCCGACGAGCCCUUCUUUUCAAUAUUCAAGCGCCAGCUACGACAUAUCCGAACAUGGGUUGUAGUGGCCCUUAUCGUCGUGUUUAUCUUGUGGCAACGACGUGAACGGCCUCCGCCACCGCCCUUACCACAUAUCCACUACGACGAGGUCGACUGGUCGCGCUAUGCAUAUACCCAGUAUGCGACCAACGAAGUCUACUUGUGCAACUGCCUGAUGGUCUUUGAGGCCCUGCAUAGACUCGGCAGCAAGGCGGAUCGCGUGCUGUUCUACCCAGAGGAGUGGGACCUCAUCGUUGAGGAUGAUGUAGAUCGCGUCAGCCAGCUGCUGCUGGAGGCUAAGCUCAGGUAUAAGGUGAUGCUGAUCCCGAUCAAGAUCGAGGGUAUCCAGGAUACAUCUGGCGCCGGCUCUCAGGCCUCAUGGGAUACAAGCACCGCCAAGCUCAUGGCAUUCGGCGAGCACGAAUACGAUCGUGUCAUCCACCUCGACUCCGACGUAAUCCUUCUCCAAACAAUGGACGAGCUCUUUUUCCUCCCACCCACCACAGUCGCCAUGCCACGCGCCUACUGGCUCCUGCCGGAAAAGACGCUAUCGUCGCUACUAGUGGUCAUUCAACCCUCUCUCCGAGAAUACCUGGCCUUGACCGACAUCACCUCUCUCGCCAAGAAUAAUCAGGUCGAUAUGAACUUGACUGAACACCGGUACGACAUGGAGCUAUUGAACAGGAGGUACGGCGACUCCGCGAUGGUUCUUCCACACCGACAGUACGGUCUGUUGACAGGGGAGUUCCGGAAGAAGGACCAUCGCAAUUUCCUGGGAAACGAGGAUGAAGUCUGGGAUCCGGACCAUGUCCUGGCGCAAGCGAAAUUCGUCCACUUUUCUGAUUGGCCUUUGCCGAAGCCGUGGAUCAUGUGGCCGCAAGAUCAGUUGGCUGCGGAGCAGCCCAAGUGUGACAAUAAUCCUGGUACGCCGCAGGAGAGUGGGUGUCGGGAUCGGGAGAUCUGGAAGAUGAUUUAUGAUAAAUAUCGGAGGCAACGAAAGGACGUCUGCAAGCUGCUCAGUUACCCGGCGCCGGUUUAA